GAGCUGUUCAUAUUGCCAACAGAGUAGAAUGCUGAAAACAGAAAGAAAAAAGUCAAUCUGGUAAAAAAAAUAAAAAAUAAAAUAAAAAAAAUCGCUAUCACGUGACCAGCGCUUCAAGAUGGUGGACACUGUAUUGUUGUGUCUGCAUGACGGGUUUAUAACGAAACUGUUUCGGAUCUAAGCGUUUACAUUUGUCGAUUUAUUUUUCGUUUCGUUAAUAAAACGUUUUGGUACUAGGGCAUAUUUCUAUAUCAGUGCUAUAUUUUCAUAUUUGUUGGAACGAGUUGCAUUGUUAGAUAUGUGGCUGGUCUGCCGGACAGAUAGUAAUAGCUUACGUCAAAACAUGGCAGUAGUUGCUGACGACUUUUAUCAAACAGUCUGGGAUGUUUAGGAACGCUUUUCUUUUUUUUGACGACUCGAAAUGUCGCUCAGAGAGUUGAAAGUGUGCUUGCUUGGGGACACUGGGGUUGGAAAGUCAAGCAUUGUGUGCAGGUUUGUAGAGGAUAACUUUGAUCCCAACAUUAAUCCUACAAUUGGUGCAUCAUUUAUGACGAAGACAGUACAAUACCAAAAUGAGCACCAUAAGUUUCUUAUUUGGGACACAGCAGGACAAGAAAGGUUUCGUGCCCUUGCCCCUAUGUACUACAGAGGCUCAGCUGCAGCUAUCAUUGUUUAUGACAUUACAAAAGAGGAGUCCUUUCUAACUUUGAAGAACUGGGUAAAGGAACUUCACCAGCAUGGACCCCCCAACAUAGUGGUGGCCAUUGCUGGCAACAAAUGUGAUCUCACAGAUUCCAGGGAGGUACCAGAGAAGGAUGCCAAGGACUAUGCUGACUCAAUCCAUGCAAUUUUUGUUGAAACUAGUGCCAAAAAUGCUAUUAACAUCAAUGAAAUCUUCACUGAGAUAAGCCAGAAAAUUCCACUUUUAGUAACGAGUGACUCCGGGCUGAAGGGCUUGAAACUGCGACGUGAUCAAUCAGACUUAACCAGGGAACGUGCUUGCUGCUAAUGCAUAAUUUGGCCAAAUCUAUUUUUGCUUUUCACCUCUACAUUACUGAAAACAGUAUCAAUAACAGUGAAAUUAUAAUAAGAGCACAGUAAUAAUCUUAUGACUUCACCAUUUUGGAAUACUUCCUUUGUCUAAACCCAUAUAGAGCCUCUGCAAAAAAGACAAAAAAUCUGUUAAUCGCAUUGCUGUCUUGAAAUGAUGUUGCAACAGAAAUUUCUACUCCCUGCUGUGGAUAAUUAAAGUGGAGUACACAUUGGAAAACUCUGGUCUCUCAGACCUUAUGGCACUCUAUAUUUAACUUUUGGAAAUCACAAAAAAGGCACUGUUUCAUUUGAGCCAUGUAGAUGUAGAGACAUGAAAAUGUUGCUCUGGUUCUCUGUUCCUCUAUAACCCAGAUUAAUACUCCUUUGUGUUCAUACUUAAAGAUUCACACGUUUUCAUUUAUAGAUUUUAUACUAAAUCCAAAACAAAAGGCAUUUCCUGGCUGGUGGUAUAUGAGAAAUAACUAAACAAAUUGUACAAGUUAAAGACACUAUCUAUCUUAACUACUUUUACAAUGUGGGGCAACAUUUAUCUGAAGAAUUAUUGCUGAUGUUUUUUCUUUGGUAGAAUAAUUUUGCGGCUUUAUGGAAUACUUUUUUCCUUUCAGAAUGCAUCAAGAUAAUUAACUAGCCUGAUCAAACUCUAUGAUUCAUACAGAUUGUGUGCUCUAUUUCAUACAGUUCCAAAAUAUGUUACAUAUCAUUAUAGUUAUUUUUUUUAAUUAUGGUUAUAUGUUACUAUUGAAUGAAUGAAGUUGAUGUGCCAUCUCAGUCCUGUGAGAUGAAUGCCCUCUGUUUUGUUGACUGUUUUGCCAUUGUCUGUUUUAUCUGCACACUUGUACUGUGAUCAUUCACUGAUCGAUCCACAAGGAAAAGGACUUUUGAACUUUUGAAGUGAUUAAUAGGAAAUUUUCAUUCUGGACUUGAAUAAUGUACAUGACUGUUAAAAAUAUCUUUGGAAUCUUAAGAACCCCUAAACCCACCCUCCACCCCUGAUGAGCAGAAUUAGCAUUAUUUAACUAUAAUGUGUAUUUUUUUCAUCAUAUAAAAAGAAUAUUAAAAUAAUUGGUAACCAUUUAGCAAUCUACUUGAAUUCCAAUUUAAUUUCCGUUUUGUCUUUUGAACAUGAUCACUGUAGCCAUUAUGUGAUUUAGAAAAAAUUAUGUUCUUGAAGUUGAUUCAUUUGAACCAGGAAUAAUGGGCAAGCAUAUGGAUCUGAGUGACUUGAAGGAGGCCCAAAUUGUGAUUGCUAGACGACUGGGUUGAAGCAUCUCCCAAAUGGCAGGUCUUGUGGGGUGUUUGUUUCGGUCUGCAGUUAGAACAAAAGUGUUUCAAGAAAGGACAAACAGUGAAUCAGAAAUGGCAAUGGAUGCCUAAGGCUCAGUGAUGCAUGUGGAGAGCUGGUCCAAUCCCACAGAACAGCUACUAUACCACAAUUUGUUGAAAAUUGUAAAUAUUUGUUGGCUACAAUAAAAUAGUGUCUGAACACA